AUGGCGGCCGUGGUCGAGGCUACAGCGCUGGACGUCGCCACCGCGCUGCUGCAGGAGCUGUCCGCGGUGAAGGGCGCGGCGGCGUGGCACCGCAAGCUCGUCAGUGGCGUUCUUCAGGUGCAAGACACGCUCAGGAGGAUUGACGGAACCCAGUUGAGUCGUGUGGGCAUGGCUAAGGUUGUGCAGGCCCGCUGCCUGCUGAACAGGGCCCUGGCCAUCGUCGAGCAGCAUGGCGCCUUCGAGUCUCAAUUUCUGCACGCUCAGUGGGAGGGGGAGAUAUCCACCGCCCUCAGGCACCUCUGGAAGCUGCACAUCGAGCUGCUCCUUGCCGCUAAGCUGCAGGAAGAAGUUUCCAGGCAGGUGCCCCCAAGCUCCUAUGGCAGUGACGUCGAGGUGCUGUCCAGUGACACGGGCUCAGUGGACCUUGACCAGGAAUCUUUGGACGGAUGCUAA